UAUCACGUCUGAAAAAAGCUAAUCAAAGUCAGCUGUGGGGUAAAACAUCCUCCCUUUAGCCAAGGUGAGUUUCCAAAAUAAGUCCAAUAUUCUUUUUUAUUAUAUUUUGGGUGAAUACAUUUUUUCUUCUAUGUCAGAAAUUUACAUUGAAGUUUACUUUGUUUCAAGUAGAAUAGUUUCGCUAUAAAAUCUCAUUGCCAUCCCAAUCUGAACCAUCGUUCUCGCAAAUCAGGGGGAGGAUAUUUUAACCGAUCAAAACAAGACUACCACGUGCUUUGUACAAACAUUUCAAACUAAUUUUAUGAACAACGCGCACACAAACGAUUUGAGUGACUAAUAUAAAAGCACAAAAUAAAUUGUGUCUGUACACUGACAAAGUAUUGUUCAUCGCCGUUUGUUACCAUAAUAAUAAUAAAAGCACGACCUCUUCUUUCCGGGGGAGUUUGAAGGAACAGCUGGCGGUCGGUGUUCUCUCUGGUAUCUAAGCGCUUGCUCAACGUACGGGAGGUGGUUGCUUCCUUCAGUCGUGAUCCCCUAGAGAUUGAAACAGCCGACGAUGGUGAAGAAUGAGUGGCGUUGGUGAUGACAAGGAAAAUGAAGAUUCUAAUGUGCAAAAUACAGCAGCACUUGUAAACGGACAAAACGGUAAGCUAGAAACUUGGCUGGAGACCGCGGUAACUAAGGAAGCUCUUGCGAGUGGUGCUAAUGAAGUAGAUCUAGGCCCUAAUGAAGUGCUAAGCGUUAGUGCUGACAAAAUGGGCAAGACCGUAACAGGAGAUGGGGGUGAGGUUGCACACGAUGAAAACGUUGAAGAGAAAAAGGAAGUUGUUGACAAUGAUGUAAAUUCUCAGGAUCAGGAUGGUGAAAAGAUGGACAGUCAGGAGAAAGAGGAAGCGAUGGAUGUUAGUCAGGUAAAGAGCAAAGAAGAUAGCAAUGCUGUUCCCGACUUAGACAAUGCGUGUCCAGAUGAACAAUGCGAGGACGAGGCGGCGCCCAAAGCCAUGAGCAUAGAGAUCAAAGACAAAUCUUCCAAACAGCCGGACGAUGUGAACCACUUUGAUUCCGUGUCUAACAUCAAGUCACAUCCGGACAAGGAGAAGAAAGACACAAAGAAAGAUGUGAAGAUAAUGGAUGAGAAUAAGCCCGAGAAGUCCACGUUGAACCAGUCCUCCUCACAGGCAAACCAAAGUCGACAAGCUCAGACGUCCAGAUUAAAAAAGAUGAAAAAGGGAAUUUUUGUGUCGUAUUCUCCUGAUGCAGGGUUUUUGGAGCGAAGGUUUGUUGUCGAAACUGUACGGCAAUUAAAAGAAAAUAAUCUAGCUGAAGAUAUAUGGUUUGACAAAGAUGAGAAAAACACUGAUAAUCCUUGUUGGUUUUCAAUGCGAAUGGAGGCGGUGGAGAAAUGUCGGGCAGCUAUACUGAUAUUUUCAGACAGUUACUUCACGUGUCCUGUGUCCUUGUAUGAAGGGAAAGCUUUGAUUGAAAGGCUCGCUAUGGAUUCUCAAGCUCUCAAGAUUUUCCCCAUUCUGUACCGACAUCCAGAUAUCACAGAUGUCCCCAAGCAGUUCUGUGACUUUCUGGAUGCUGCCAUUGACCUCACUGGGGAGCACGCGAAGAAAAGUGCAGCCGAGAAAACUUCGGUGGUUGUCGGAGCAAUCAUGGAGGACCUGGAGAAAUAUGCUACGAUACAUAGCGCUCCUUUGCCAGUCUCUCCCCCCGAUUCUGAAUUCACGGGAGAAUUUAAGAAGAGGAAAAUCUGUCAGUGGAGUGCUAGUGAUCUUCAGGAAUGGUUGUUUAACCUGGGCAUUAAGGAAUUCUACCGCCAAAGUCUAGCGGAGGCGAUGGUCGACGGUUUUCUGCUUAUGUCUCUCACAGAUCAUGACAUGGUAGCCCACCUUGGAAUCGAGAGUCGGGUGGUUCGUAAGAAAAUCAUGCAGCAGAUUCUGCACACACUGGACCGGGAACAUAAACUGCCGGACAACUGGCACCUGCGAGCCCGCGCCCAGCGAGCCAAACCUGACGUGGUGUACAUAAUCUACGACCCGGCUGACGUCAGACUGGCACAGAACCUCAAAGCUGACCUCAAAGCAAAGAACAUGCAGGUGGCGACUGCCCAGCCGUAGACUUUGAGAGCAAGAUGUACCCGGAGAGCCUGGACGUACUAGAGCACCAGAUCAAACCCUUACGUCGCGUGCCUGGCGUAGUCUUAGAGCAGGCGUAUCUCAACAAGAUGGCGGAUGGACUCAAGCCCUUAGAGGCACUAGCCAACUCACGAGGUGAGGUUGACGAGAUCCAGCAGCUCCUGGAGCGGGCGGGUUUCCCCUGCUGGGCAGACAUCGCCAUGGGUGGCCCCCCGAGGGGCAGCAGCAGCCGCAGCAACAGAUCCUCAGUGGCCUUCACCCACGUGGACUCGGCCAGUGAGACCCUGGCCGGCCAGAUCCAGCGCACCAUGAAGGCGUGUCACGUGGUCGUCUGCUGCAUCACUCCCAAGUACCUGCAGAGCGACAACUGUGCCAAGGACCUCACUCUGGCCGACGCUUUCCACAAGCCGAUUAUCCCCCUUCUGCUGCGCUACGCCCCCGCGGAGAGCGCGCCCAACUACGUGCGGAGAAUCUUGCUGAGAUACAGCUACAUCGACCUGAGUAACGAGAGACUGUACAAACAGAACAUCAACGUCUUGUUAGAGCGCGUCAGGAAGGCCAUCAGCAGUGCCAUGCUCAGAUAAUUCACAGACUACGGAGUUAUUUAUAGUCAGAAAAACAUGCUCUGUUCAGAUAACGGACAAACCAGGAAUCUAUUUAUAGGAAGAAAACUGUCUCUGUUCAGAUAAUUCACAGACUGGGGAGCUAUUUAUAGGCAGAAAACAUGAUCUGUUCAAAUAACUGACAAACCAGGAAUCUAUUUAUUGGCAGAAAAUACAAUGAGUUAGAAAACUUCUGUAAAAUUGUAGAACGGAAAUGUGCUGUUUUCUGUGUUUAGUAAACGCACGCUUAGGCGCUGAGGAACAAUUUUUUUUUCUCUGUGUAAUUAGAAAACCGACCAGGUUCAACAGCGGUGCUGUUCUGAGAUAGCUUAGGUCUACUCCGGCUGUUUGUUUCUGUGUAUUCCUAUCAGCAUGAUGGGUUAUAAAACUACUAUAAAUCUUCAGAACGACAUCUGCAGCAUUUUGUUUAGAUGACUUGCACAAAAUGAGAAAAAGGAUUUCUAUCUUU